UCCCCAGAAUGUACUACCACUGCAUGUAUCAGCAUCUCAGAAUUCUGCUCAGCAAAUGUCAGAGAACAACCUACCACACAUGCAGAUUGCACAACAGCAAAGUGAACACCAGCAGAGCAUCCAAAAGCAGCAGCAGCAGCAGCAGCAGCAACCUCAGGCAACCCAGAGUAACCCUCCUCAAUGCCACCCUCCUAGCUCUCCUCAGCUGAUGACCCAGAAUCUACAGCAACACAAUUCUCUGCUACCCCCUCAUCACGUCCCCCAAAACAUCUCUCCUCAACGUCCCACACAGAACAGCCCCAUGCAUGGGAUGCCACAGAGUGCCACACAAGGAGCCCAGCCUGGACCCCCUCAGCCAGCUCCACUGACGUCUUUGCCACCCAGUCAUCCUACCCCACUAUUACCCUCCCAGCCUAGUCCAGCAGACCAUGGAAAUCAAAGACCUAGCGAGCCUACAAGUAGAGCGGGCACAGAAGGUACGGUCCUUCCUCCACAGCACACCGUGAUGAAAUCAGGGCCUCUGAAUGGUAUUUAUAAACACCAGGAUUUUAGCCCCAAUCACUGUCAAACCCAGCUGACGGGUAGUAAUGUGGGAAUGCAGGCUCAGAGAGGGCCCUCACCUGGUCACAAUCCAAGCGUGCCUCCUCACUCCCAAGGCCAGGUAAAUGGAGCCAUGGGUCAAUACAGCAUGGGGAACCAUCCACACUACAGCCAGACCAACAUGAGAACCAUGCCUGCAUCUGCUCACCACCCUUAUCACAACCCAGCCAUUAACCCCCUCCACAAUCCUGCUCACCACACAACCUACCACCAGCAGGGAGGGACUUCCUACUCCUACCACAUCCCAGGCCAACAGCAUCCUCAGGCCCACCCCAGCAUGUACCCACCUCAUCAGUACCAGCAGCAACACUACUACCCCCACCCUCAUCCACAAGCUCAGACCCAUAACCAAGCCAGCAGUAGAGGGGGCUAUCCUCCAGAGGAGUGG